GGCGGUUCACCCUCAGUCUGUAAGAAGGCGGUCCGUCUUCACCCUCAGUCUAUAAAAAGGCGGUCCGUCUUCAGUCUUCACCCUCACUUCAAAACCCUACGCCUCGUAAAUUUUCCUCCCAAAUCUCAUCAUCCCCAUCAGCAGUCCGUCAAUUGCAAGCACUGUGUGUGUGAAACUGUAUGUGUGAUGGAGAAGCAGCCGAAGAAGAAAGGUAUGGGACGCCGUAAGAUCGAAAUCCGGAAAAUAGAAAAGAAAAGUCAUUUAAUGACUUCCUUCUCCAAGCGCAGGGGCGGCCUGUUCAAAAAAGCGGCUGAAUUGAGCACCUUGUGCGGUGCCAAUGUUGCCGUGAUCGUCAAGUGCCCUGCCGCAGAGAAGAUUCAUGCCUUUGGAACCCCGUCGGUCGAUGCCGUCUUCAACCGCUUCCUCUCCCAAAAUCCUCCUGAAGAAAAAGUGUUGGAAGAGUGUGAAAGGAAUUGGUGGGACGUGGAGAUUGAUGAACUAGGGUUGAAUGAGCUUGAGGACUACAAGACUGCAUUGGAAGUGCUGAGGAACAACGUGGUGGCUCGAGCCGACGAGAUGGCCAUGGCGAGUGCGAGUGCUUGUUCGUCUAAUUUGAUGGAGUCCGAUCUUUUUGAAGAUAUUCCAGAAUUAGACUUCACCGACUUCGACUUUGAUUUUGAUUUUGAUUUUACUAGUGAGUUUAUUAAUGAACAUCAAAAUUAAACUAGGGUUUUUUGUUCAAUAAUUACAGUAUUAAGGUUUGUGUAUAGAGUACAGUAUGUGAUUGAUUUUGAUGUAUUAAUUGAUCGAUUUGUAUAAAAUGCUAUAAUCAAGGGAGUUUAGUCUUCUGUUUAA